UCUUUGUCUUUUUUCCCAGCAGAGUUGCCUUAUUAUAGGGAUACUGAAGACUAUUUUGUUUUUUUCAAAGAGUUAGCCAAGUUUUCAUUGUCAGCUGAACUCCAAAUUGCCUUUUAUUACCUCAUCAAACUGGAAAAAUAGAUUAUGUUGCACAAGGUUUCCUAGCAUGUUGCUAUAGCAACGGGUGAUACUGUCACCAAUCAGGAUUCGGACUACAUUUGCUUGAUACUAUUCCGACUGGUUUGGCAAAAAAAAAAUUUAUAUAUAUGUAUUCAUUUGCCUAUUUGCUAUCAAAAAUGUACAUGUACUCACAUAUUUUUCAAGCAUUAGUCAGCCAGUUAUAAUUGACAUAUUACUCAUUAGUGCCACUAUAGCACCGGGCGAGAGAGUUUGAUGAGGUGUAAUCGUACAGACGGGAUGCCUCGUGGAGACUUCAACAUCUAUUUUGCCAGCAGCAGGAGGGGAUAUGUCAGAGUUGAGGAGGCGGUGGGCAUAGCUCUGCUGAUGGUCAUCCUGGCAGCUCUUCUCCUCCUGGGCUGCUGGUAUUUCAAGAAAAGGAGCGGCUACAGAAUAAUCAGGAGCCCCAGGUCUGGGUCACCAGGUUACACAGGAGGCCAGUACUCAGAGGCUGGACCCUCAGCAGAUAACAAGAUGGCUCUCACUGACUUCGGCAGCUUCCGACCAGUGGUUCCUAAUGCUCCUCCAGCCUAUGAAAAGAUCUCCUCAGGGCCGCUGCCUCCUCCUUAUUCCCCCUAAAGGACUUCUGUAAAGCACAGACAUCUGGAGAAGAAAGGAAAAUACUGGAUAACAUACUCUAAACUUCAUCUGUUGUUUGAUGAUAAUCUGAUGCCACUGUCAAUAUGGUCCCUAAUACUUUGUAGCCAAGUAUACCCGUAGGUGAAAGUACUGUAUCUCUCACUUUGUAAAAUUAUUCACAUGCAUGAACACAAUGUACAUAGGUUGUUUCAAUAAACAAUAAAAAGUGAUUUCACAAGGACCCUGUGUACAAGGAAGCAGCUCAAACACAUUGUUGGGGACAGUUGCAUUGUUUAUUUCCAUGCAGUAACGUCCACAUUUGUUCAAUGAAAAUGUACCUAGUAAAUAUUUUUGAAAAAUCUAUAUGGUA